CUAGGACAAUAUAAAGACCGAGGCAGUUUGCAUCUAUCAGUAGCUGGAGGAGAUGGAAUGCAGAGUCAACAUCUUCAACAUCAGGUUCUAGUGUCAAGCUGUCAGCAUGCCACCAGCUCAUCUAGUCUUCCUGACUACUCUCCUUGUUGUUCUGAUGGCCGUGCUGACCUCAAGUGCCAGAACCACACGCUGGCCCAGACCUCAAAGCACCAAGAAGCCACCUCGAGCUGGGAGCGGAGGUGGAGGUGGAGGUUUCAGGAGGACCACCACCACCACCACCAUGUCCCCGUCCAGUAUGCACACAGAUGAAACAACUGAGGUCAUGAUGGAUGCCUACUCCCUGUCCCCAACAGACAGCACCACCUACUCCAGUGACACCUACCCCACUGAUUUUCACACUGAUGCCAUAGCGCCCCCUGGGAACACUCCAGGAAACUUCACACUUGACUACAGUGAAUGUUUCUUCAACAUCUGUGAGUGCUGCCCACCAGAGAGAGGCCCCAUGGGGCCCAUGGGGGAGAAGGGAUCACCAGGACCGGCAGGAGAGAGGGGCCCCCUAGGGUUACCAGGAGAAAAGGGAGAUAUAGGGCCCCGUGGACCUCCUGGACCAGCAGGACUACCAGGGUCCAACGGACUCAAUGGCGACAUAGGUGAAAGAGGCCCCCAAGGACCAAUGGGUGUUCCUGGUGCCCAUGGGAUCCCGGGGAAACCAGGAGAAAGAGGUGAUCCAGGCCCCAGAGGAGAGAAAGGAGAACGCGGCUUCGGUGGCCUGAAAGGGGACCCAGGAGAAAGAGGAGAGCCCGGCCUGAAUGGGACUAAGGGUAGCACUGGGAGAGAGGGGCCUUUGGGUCCCCCUGGGCUAGCUGGGACAAAGGGUCAGAGAGGGGAACAGGGAUUCACAGGUGAGAGUGUACCAGGCCACAAAGGUGAUGUAGGGGAGCGUGGGCCCCCUGGUCUGAGGGGUGGCAUGGGGCCUCCGGGCUUUAAUGGAACAGAUGGUGCUAAAGGAGCAAGAGGGGAGCCAGGGCCUCCCGGAGCAAGGGGGGAAACUGGUGCAAGAGGACCACCGGGACCUCCAGGGGGAAGGGGGAUGGCAGGACAGAGGGGCGAGAGAGGUCCUAAAGGUGGGCGUGGGCCUCGGGGCCCUAAAGGUCCAGCAGGUGAAAGUGUGGAGCAGAUCCGCUCUGCGUUUAGUGUGGGUUUGUUCCCGAGCAGGUCCUUCCCUCCACCCAGUCUGCCUGUCAAGUUUGAUAAGGUUUAUAAUGGGGAGGGGCACUGGGACCCUAACCUGAACAAGUUUAAUGUCACCUACCCGGGGGUCUACUUAUUCAGCUACCACAUCACAGUGCGCAACCGACCUGUGCGUGCUGCCCUAGUGGUUAAUGGGGUACGUAAGCUACGGACACGGGACUCCCUGUAUGGCCAAGAUAUCGAUCAGGCUUCUAAUCUUGCGUUGCUGCACCUCAUUGAAGGUGAUCAAGUGUGGCUGGAGACGCUGAGAGAUUGGAAUGGAGUUUACUCCAGCAGUGAGGACGACAGCACCUUCACUGGCUUCCUGCUUUACCCAGAUUUAAAUAUCAAACCUCCUGCUGUGGAAAACAUGUAAAUGUGACCUUUGAACCUGAAUGAGCUCUGAUUGUAACUUCUCGUAGACUCUACGAAACCUUCAGCCUUUUGCACUGUUCUGUUGGAUUAAUAUGAUUCAGCUCAAUUCUGCUUGCUGCAGUCAUGCUAAUCAAACCAAAUGCUCUACUUGCUUUACUCUAUUAGUAAAUG